AGCUUCACCACAGAAAUCGUGUAAGUGAACUGCGCACAUAUACCUCCUCUCUGCCUCUCUGCUCUCACUUCAGUUCCAAACAAAAAGAAGGGUCCCGUAAACUGCGCUCGACUUGUUUACAUUCCUUCCUAUUACAUUUAGCCCAUUUCUUCAGAAGUCGCACCUUUGACAACAUAAAGGAUGUCAUUGUACCCAUCCCUAGAAGACCUUAAAGUGGACAAGGUCAUUAAGGCACAAUGCCAGUUUUCUAAUGCCACCUCUAGUACCCCAGCCAUCACUCAAGGGGUCUACCUGCCACAGCCUGCUACACAGGGGAUGCCAAGCUCAAGUCUUUAUCCAAAUCUUGAGGAGCUGGGAGAGUACAUGGGCCUCAGCCUGAACAGUGAUGAAGUACAGAGAAAUCUUGCUCUGGUCCCAGUGGCUAAUAAUCAAGUGGCAGUGCCAAUGGGUGUGGGCGGCAUGGUGCGGCCCGUAACUGGUGCAGACAUGGGCAUCAGGAGGGCAGAGAUCCGUCCGGGUCUGCGGGAGGUCAUCCUCUGCAAAGACCAGGAUGGAAAGAUCGGUCUCCGUCUCAGAGAUAUCGAUAAUGGAUUGUUUGUCCAGCUGGUCCAGUCUAACUCUCCAGCAGCAUUGGCUGGUCUGCGUUUUGGAGAUCAGAUUCUGCAGAUUAACGGGCAGAAUUGCGCCGGCUUGAACUCGGACAAGGCCCACAAAGCUCUGAAGGCAGCAGGUGAUCAACGCAUUGAGCUCAUCGUCCGUGACAGACCGUUCCAGCGAACAAUCACCAUGCACAAGGACAGCUCCGGCCAUGUGGGCUUCAUCUUUAAAUCUGGGCGCAUUACAUCUCUAGUGAAGGACGGUUCUGCUGCCCGCAAUGGCAUGCUCACUGAUCACUACAUCUGUGAGAUCAACGGCCAGAACGUCAUUGGACUUAAGGACACUCAGAUUAAGGACAUCCUGACCACAUCUCCCACUGCCAUGACCAUCACCAUCAUGCCCAAGUUCGUCUAUGAGCACAUCAUUAAGAAGAUGUCAAGCGGCCUGCUGAAAUCAUCAAUGGAUCACUCUGUGCCUGAGGUGUGAACACCGAAGACUGACCACAGACAUCUUUCCACAAUGCCUACAAUCUCUAGCCUUCCCAUUGGAGCCUUUUGCCACAUGGGUUGUCUAUCACUGAUUGGAUAAACAUCCUCAAUCAUGUUCCUUUAUAACAUGUAAUAUUGGCCUUUUUUCUCUUUCACUUUUCAAUGUUAUUGUUCGCCUUCUAGUUCUUGUUUCUGUUGCUAUUGUUUAAUUGUUGUCAUAUUACAUGUUAUACAGUAAUAAUCCAUUGUCAUUUUUGAGUAUUAUCCAAUUGUUUUACUUUUGAUGCGGGCAAGGAGUUGAGUACUGAGCUUCCGUAUUAAAGCGUUGGCUUAAACACAUUUUUCCUCCUAUGCACAAAAUUCAAUCAAAACUUUUAAAUGCCAAGACAGCUGUACUCUGCUAGAAUGAAUACUGGGCCAGAAUUUUGUAUUGCAACUCACUUCUUAUUGAUUUUAAACCUGUUUUUAGCCGUUUAAUCUUUAAAAAUAUUCUCUGCCAUUAUCCUGUAAAUGUUAGUGUCUCUAAAAUUUAUAUACGAAUGUAACUUCAAGAUUGAAAUUAUUACAAAAAUAAAUAAUCAUCCUGAUGAUACCAUGA